UUAUUUACAUUGUGUUGCAGCUAUCAAAGGGGUUCACUACCCCCUUCCAUUUUUAAUUUCCAUGAAACAGGUCCAUCUCACUGGGGAGGAAAAGGUGAGAAAUCAGCUGCACUGACAGAAGAAGGUGGCAGAAAUCAUGCAGUCUUUGGACUCAGAGCAAAGCUUAAUCAAAAUUACCCACUGCAGGAAAGACAUCUUUGGCUCUGGUGUGCCCAAGCACUGUCCUUUUUGUGGGAAGAGUCUGAUCUAUGCAAGCCUAGAAGAAGCACCUGUCAGCAUUCCCAGCCCCUUUGUCAAUGGACACAAAGAAAGAUGUUCUUUUUUACUUAAACCGACGGAGGGAACUUUUCUAAGGGAAUAUGAUGGAAAUUCCGAUCUUCAUGUUGGAAUAACUAAUACUAAUGGUUUGGUGUACAAUUACAGCGCAACUGGAGUUAACAUAGCUGGAUACGGAUGGGAGCAAUGUAUAAGUGUUCCGCUAGUGCAGCCUGGCAUGUAUGGAAUGCUUAACCAAUGGGACAUAUAUCUCGAACAGUUCUCAGCUGCGGAAAUUUGGCUUCCACACAGGUAUGAAGAACAUAUGCACAACUGUUACACAUAUGCACUAACAUUUAUUAACUGUGUGUUGAGUGCACAGAAGAAACAGCAAAUGAACAAAAGCGAAUUUACAGAGAAAUUUGUGAUUCCACGAACAAAGAAAGCUUCCAAGUAUAUCACGAUCUACAAGGAAAUAUGCAAGAAUGGCUUCUAUGCUGUUGAUCAUCCUGCUCAAGAGGGCAGCACUUCCACAGGGACUAUUUGAUUUCGUUGUGCGGAAAACAGAACACCAGAAAGUAAAAUAAUCGGGCUACCAGAGUGAUCCUAUGGCUACCAGAUGGCCACAGGAUCAUCCAUCUUCCCAGCUCUUAGGUUGGGAAAUAGCUCUGAUCUUGGAGCAUAGGGCGUGCCCACCAAAAAUGCACCAGCUGCUUUUCCGAGACCACAGGAACAACCUCAGAGAAGAGGUUUAGAGGGGGCUCCAAGGGGUGGGGAUGGGAGACCAGCACAGCAAGAUGUGACCUAUUUGGGAGGCAACCCAGCCUCCUUCACACAGCCAGGAUUGCCCAGCAGCUUGUUCUGCAAAGUGCUUUGCCUCCACAUUUCUCCUGGCCUCUCCAUAGGAUGCCUGUAGUCCUCUGAGUUCAGAGGGUUACAGCCAUUGAGCUGUAAGAUAUUUCAGCUUCUUGUUCCUGCUCUCUCACGUGAGACAAAUGAGAAGCUGGCAGCAUGGUUCAGUGCAGGGCCAUUUGGAAAGAAGUCCCAUGAGUGUCCAUAAGAUUGCAGUGUCUUGAGACAGAACAUAAGCUUUCCAAUAAGCUGCUGUCUUUCAAAACAAAUGACAUUUCAUCUCUAAGGUGUCCGACUACAUCCCAUCACCAAGACCAUGAAACUUAGAGGCCCAGAACACGGUAUGUGCAUUGAGGGCACCCAGGCGUUGCACUUCAGGUACUCCAUAAACUGAAUUCAGUUUCCCUCCCCACUACUGUGGGCGCAGACACCUCCCUCCCAGACCAUGGGCAUGCAGGGCUUGUGCCUGGGGUACCAGCAGCCAUGGCUUCAUUCUGACUGCUGUGUAUGUUUGCUCUGUGAGGUCCCUGCAUUGAAUGCAUGGCUAUUCUGAAUGGGGCAGAGCUGAGUCCGUUUCUUGUCAUAUAAAAGAAAGACAUUGGUUUGGUUCCUAACUAGACAUCAGUGGAAAGAAAGGAGCCUUCCCUUCACAGCUGGGGCCAAGAUUCAUAGAAAAUCCUAAGGUGGAAGCGAGGGAAAAGGCCAUUUUCACCACUUCCCCCUUUCUGCAACUCAACUCCCACUGUUGUGGAGGUUCUUCAGCAGAGCUAUAAAGGAGGAGAGGGAAUGGAUGAAAGUUGCCCCCUCUUUCCAGUGGUGAGAGAGUCCACAGCUCAACCAAUAUCUUCAUUUGUUAGCCAUUCAGAGAAAAAACUUCUUCCAUUGACAUCUAGUGUUUAUUACAAUAAAAUGUUAGUUGACCGAGGCUGGUAGUUGGGGAAAUUUGUAAUGUUCCAUUCCAAAUUACUUUCUGAUUCACACACAGUUUAAAUCUGAUGGCUACAAUUUUGUGCACACUUACUUUGGAGUAAGCCCAUUGGCUUCAUGGGAUUUAUUUCCAAGUACCCAGUCUAGCAUUGCUCUGUAAGUCAGAUCCCAGCUCUGUCAGCCUGCAUUUUUUACACACUUGCAAAGAAUGGAUUUGAUUUUCAGUUUGUGAAACAAAUUCCAGUGCACCAGGCACUAGAAACUUCCUCAGUUCCUACUGCAGCUUAAUGACUUGCAAACACUAUGCUACAAUUCCAUGAAAGAUCAGCAUAUGGUGAGCUGAGGAGUGAAUGUCUCUUUGCACGAACAAACAUGUCAGUGUCCAUGUGGGUAGCUCAACAGACAGGUGUGCUUUACAAAGACCAGAAACUUUUUGCAGUCUUCUAUCGUAUAACAUUGUUUUUUAAUAUAUACAUGUAAUAUAAAACAAGCAUGCA